CUUUCUCUUUCCUUCCCCCCAACGCCGGUCACCGGCCGCGGCAACCCCGCCAGGCCGCCACCGUCGCGGCAGUGCUCCUCCCAAGUCCCAACUCUCCGCACCAACCUCGUUCGACAGGUGACUUCCCCACGCCGAAAUUUACCUCCCGGCGCCAUAAGCCCCAACCAUCGAUUUGUGACGUCUUCUCUAUAUCAGCUCGGCAGUCAUCACUCAUCAGUGGAUAAAACAGUAUGCAGACAUCUAGAGCAAGGCUUUUCAAGGAGUAUAAGGAGGUACAGCGAGAGAAGUCAGCUGACCCUGAUAUCCAAUUAAUUUGUGAUGAUUCAAACAUAUUCAAGUGGACUGCUCUUGUCAAGGGCCCUUCUGAAACACCUUAUGAAGGUGGUGUUUUUCAACUUGCAUUUGCAAUUCCAGAGCAGUAUCCUCUGCUGCCUCCACAAGUUCGAUUUUUGACCAAAAUUUUCCACCCAAAUGUGCAUUUCAAGACUGGUGAAAUUUGCCUGGAUAUUUUGAAGAAUGCAUGGAGCCCUGCAUGGACCCUUCAGUCUGUUUGCAGAGCAAUAAUCGCUCUGAUGGCUCAUCCUGAACCAGACAGCCCACUUAACUGUGAUUCAGGCAAUCUCCUAAGAUCAGGUGAUGUCCGAGGCUAUCAAUCAAUGGCCCGCAUGUAUACGAGGCUGGCGGCCAUGCCAAAGAAAAAUUAGCUGCACAAGUGCUAAGUAAAUACGUCCCAAGCCAAGAGAGUGGGCCGGUUCAUGCAUCAGCACAAGUUGUCAGGCCCUCGUGCUGUCUGUGUUUUAACUUGUGCUUUGUGAUUCAGAGUGAAAAGGGAGAAAACCCGUGUUUCCAAUGCAUAGUGUGUGAUGUAAUAAGUCCUGGACUUUGGCAGUUGCCACCGCUAAUCUACCGCUCCACUACUGUUUCGAUCA